AUGCCGCAAGUGCAGGCUUCAAGCGACGGUGGUAAGGUCAAGCAGACCAGGCGCAGGCAGCGUCUCAGCUGCGUAGAGUGCACGAAACGGCGCCAGAAAUGCGACAGACAGAUUCCCUGCGGACUCUGCACCACCCGCGGCAUCGCACACCUCUGUCGCUGGGAGCCCAUCGUCGUCCGCCCAACGCCCCAGCGUCCUCCCGUCAUGCCCUCUUCCGCUGCCUCGGACACCAUCCAAGCCCUCUCCACCCGCAUCGCCGUCCUCGAGCAAACCCUACUCCGCCAGAACAUCCAGCUCUCAACCGGCUACGAUUGCAACUCCCCGAGCAACUCUACCCUCGAUCAGCAACCUUCUUCCCUCGACAAGCCCGAGGUCCCCAUCCCCACAGGCACCGGCGCUGCCGGUGAGAAUGCAGACUCCGAGGGGCCCCGAGCCCUCUACGACUUCAACGUGCAGGUAGCCGCCGUAGCCCUCGCACAGCUUUCGCUUGCCCCACGCGAAGAGUACAUCGGCGCCGGCACCAUUCUAUGUGCUCUCCACAAGCUCGGAGAACCCGAGACAUGGCGCUUCCCCUACUCCCGAUCGACCUCCAUGACCAGCCCCGUAUCCUUGUCUCACUCAUGCGGCGUGCAUCCAUUCUCCGCGCCCAUGCGCGGCCUGCUCUCCGGUCUUCCCCCUCGCGGGCACGUCGACGAGCUGCUCGACGCCUACUUCGAGGGCCGCAACUGGGAGUUCGGCCUACCUGAGAACUGGUUCCGCGGCGCCUGCCACAAGAUGUGGCGCCACCUCGAGGUGCGCUGCCCCGGCCCCCACUGCCUCGCACCCGGCGCGUGCAUGGCAUGCGCAGAGGAGAUUAACCCCCACUGGCUGGUGCUCUUAUUCGCCGUCCUCGCCCUCUCCCCACGGAACCGGGCAAACGACGGCGCGAGUUUCUGCAGCAGCGCGCUCGCCGCCCGCCGGCUGGUCGAGGACAUCCUGCUCGCCGUGCCUGCGUAUUCCAUGUCGGAGAGCAGCGUGCACGGCGCCGUGUUCACUUGCAUCGGCACCGCGCUCCUCGCCGCCUAUCACGCUGACCGCGGCCGCGUGAGCGAGGCGUGGAAGUUGGCGGGGAUCGGCAUGCGGAGCGCGCAGGCAAUGGGUCUCCACCGCGACCCCGGGUGGCGGAAGUGGGAGACCAUGGGCAAGGAGGAAUCCGAGCUGCGGCUGCUCGGCUGGUGGAGCCUCUGGAUCUCUGAUCGUAUAUACUCGUUCAUUCUCGGGAGACCAAUGAUGGCCCACAAGGGGAGCUUCGACGUGACGCUCCUCCCAGGUCCGGUGCACAGCGACGGAUUCCCAAAUCCGAAUGCGCCUUAUCUGCAGGCGUUCAUCCAGCUGUGCGAGAUUAUAGGCGAGGGCGCUGACAAGUGCCUCGGCAUCCAAGCACCCUCAUACGCUACGGUCCUGGAGUUCGAUCACCGCUUCCGGACGUGGCUCGCUCAGCUGCCUGCAGAACUGCAAUGGCACAACUUGAAGCAAAAUUCGCCCAGUCCGUUCGAGCACGAGCCUGUGCGUUCGCCUCGGUGCCUCUCGAUCGCCGAACGCAGCCUCAACUACCAGCGGCACACGCUCGCUGCAUACUACCUCGGCGGACUCAUGAACAUCCACCGCCCGUACUUGAUGCACCCGCCGCCGAUUCUCCCUCCGCCCGCCGGCCUCGCGCGCAGCAGCAUGCAGCUCAACCCCAGCCGGGAGCGGUGCAUAGAACUCGCGCAGGAGCUCGUUCACACGCUCUGUGCCGCACAUGCCGCGACCCCCGAGUGGGCGUCCUCCGCGCCCGCGAUGAUCUUCCAAUAUUCGUACUUUGUGUUCGACGGCGCUGUCGCGCUCGCGGGGGCGCUCUCGCAGACGCCGCCGCACCCGCGCGCGGAGGAAUGUCUUGAUCUCAUGGACCGCGCCUUGCGGAUGCUCGAGGCGUGUGUUGCCGCCGCCGAGGGAAUGUAUGACGGCGAGGGCGAGAUUGCCAAGCGUGCCAUCACCGUACUCGAGGCGCUACGCAAGGCCGGUGGAUGGGGCCGCGCGGAGCAACAUCCUUGUUCGGGCGAGAGCGGUGGGGAUUACGGCUCACCGGAACAUAGCCACCAGCACAGUCCCGGCGGGGAGAGCGUUGCGGAGUCGAGUAGCUCGGACCCGUCCUCCGUGCAUUCGCUCAGCUCGAGCUACUACCACUCGCCGACGUCGUCCUUCCCACCCAACCUCCCCGCGGGACCCCCGCAGCCGCAGCCGCAGCCGACCUCCAUCCCGUACCUGACCACACCGAUGCAUGGGUUCGCGCCCCACCCCGUUAUGCAGGUGCCCACACACAUGCAAGUGCAGCCAUCGAUGGGGCUGCCCUCGCCGUACGCGGAGACGUACAGCCCCCCGCUAUUCGGCACCGGAAGUGGUGCGGGUCUUGGCCUCGGGCCGGGGCCCAAGGCGAGUGCGCAGACCAUGAUGAUGCCGUUCGAGAUGCUGCAGGGGAGCGGCGAGUUCGACGUCGAGUGGGUGCGCCUCGCGGGCAUGGAGAACUGGCAGAACGGCGGCGCGGGGUUCUUGCCUCCUAAUACGUGA